AUCUUUGUGAUCACACUUUCCUUUUCUUGGUAGAUAUCUCACAUAACCAUUUGCUGCACGAGGCAGCUGGCUUCUAUCCAUCGUGUUGAAGUAAAACUUGGAAGGAAUUUCAGUGUUGCUGAUGUAAACAUUACUGACUUAAUGGUGCCAGCGGCUCUGUCCACUCUGGAAUGCAGUUCAAGAUUCCAAAAAAGAAAAACUAAAAAGUAACAACAAGAACAACCACGGAAAACAACUAGGCCAUCAUUCUGAGGUCAGCUUCGCAGGACAAAAACUCCCUUGGUGAUCAUGGCAACCAUCGUCAUGGAGAAGAUUGGACGCCUCUUCAUCAACCUCCAGCAGAUAAGACAGGUGCCCCAGAUGCUUAGGGAGGCAGUGCCUUCCAUGCCUGGCACACUACGUGACGGUGAGGUACCCUAUUUCUUUCGGGAGCGCCACAUCCAUGCUGGAUACCGUCCUCUGCACCAGGGCUGGAGAUACUACUUCUUGACGCUCUUCCAGCGACACAACGAGACGGUCAACGUGUGGACUCACCUCCUGGGGGCGUUGCUGGUCUUCAUGAAAGCUUCCCAAUUGGCAGAGACUGUGGACUUCAUCAGAGACCCACACGCUUGGCCCCUGCUCAUUUUACUGCUGUCCUCCAUGGGUUACAUGACUUGCAGUGCAGUGGCACACCUCUUAGCUGCUAAAUCUGAACUCUGUCACUAUUGCUUUUUCUUCUUGGACUACGUGGGUGUGGCGCAGUACCAGUACGGCAGUGCGGUGGUUCAUUUCUACUACGCCGUGGAAGAGAGUUGGCAUAGACAGGUGUGGGGCAUUUUCAUGCCCGUCGCCAGCUUUUUGUGUUGCCUUUCCUGUCUGGGAUGUUGUUAUGGAAAGUACCGGAACUAUAGUCUGCCCCCGUGGGUGCGCAAAGUGGGACAGGUCGUGCCCUCAGCGGUGGCCUACAGCUGGGACACCAGCCCGGUGUUCCAGCGCCUGGGUGCCUGGGUGCUGUUCCAUGGAGAGCCUUCUGGAAAUGACCGAGCCCUGUGGUUCCACUUUGGUCAAGUGGCCUUCUUUCUCUCAAGUGCCUUCUUUUUCACACAUCCGCUGCCUGAGCGUCUGUUCCCAGGCCGCUGUGACAUCUUUGGGCAGGGCCACCAAAUUUUUCAUGUUCUGUUGGUCUUCUGCACCCUUUGUCAGAUCCAAGCCUCACACCUCGACUACGUUGCCCGGAGGCCGCUGUACAUGCGUCUCCAUGGCGACAGUGAGGCGGCGUUUUUCGCGGUGUUGUAUGUUAUCACUGUAAUUGCCUGCGCCCAAAUUGCCACCUUCAUGGCUGGAAAAGUGAGGCAGUUGCUCUCAUGCAAGGAGAAAGCUAAAUGAGCAAUGUCUAAAUUUAACAAGGGCAUGCUGGAGAUCUUUUUCAUCACAGCACUGAUUGUAAUAAUUCUGUCAUUCCAUUCAAAAAUGGUUAACUUGACCACAAGGUGAAACAUUCCAACCGAAUUGUAGCACAUUGACGACCAGACAAAAGUAGCAUAAGUGUUGGACUUUUAUUUUGUAUCAUAGCGUUAUGUGACAGUCGUGAUCAGAACCCUGACCUCUGUCAUAUUUUGGCAUUCCGAUUGCCUUUACGUACCAGCAUAAUAGUCUAUCGACAUUUUUUCCCAAUCAGCACAAAGUCUUAGGUAAGUGCUGUUCCUAGCUUUGCCAGUAGGCCUUAUGAUAGUUGCAAAAUGUGCGUAAAAGUUCACAGUUUUCCUGGGCUGUCUUAAAUUGUACUUUGUAAUUUGUCAUUUUAGAAGA